AUGUCUCUUGAUGCGCAAGCGGCUUCGCGUCUUCGCGAGAUCGUAGACAUGGCCUGCGAAGACCAAAAGUCCGGGACCACGGUGGUGGUCGUUGGCAAAGAUGGCAAUGAACUAUUCACUCACUCUGCCGGGAAGCAAGGCAUGGGAUCCAAAGACAGAAUGACUUUAGAUAACAUCUUCUGGAUUGCAUCUUGCACGAAGAUGUUGACAGGUGUCGCCUGCAUGCAACUGGUUGAGCAGGGCGUUCUUGAGCUGGAUGAUGGGGAGCAGACAGAGAGUCUUUGCCCUGAAUUAAAGAGUCUCAAGGUUUUGCGGCCAGAUGGCAGUUUUGAGGAGAAGAAGCAUGCCGUUACCCUGCGUAUGCUGUUGAGCCAUACUUCCGGAUUCGGCUAUACUUUCUUUAAUGAGAGACUGAGACAGUGGUCGUAUCCGGUUGGCGUAGACGAGUUCUCUGGUCGGAUUGAAGAUAUGAAGAUGCCUCUGCUUUUCCAACCCGGAGAAGGUUGGGAAUACGGUGUUAGUAUCGACUGGGCGGGAAUCGCACUGGAGCGCGCAACUGGCCUGACGCUCAACGCCUAUCUCCAGGAAUAUGUCUUUCAGCCCCUUGGCAUCAAGGACAUGUCCAUGAUUCCGAGCCACGACAUGCGCCGGAGAAUAGCGUAUAUGAACUAUCGAAACCCAGACGGCACUCUGAGGGCCCGAGAUCAUCUUCUUCGAGCGCCUCUGGUUGUUGAUCCGGACAACAAGACCGAAGUCGCCAGGGUUUUCAAUAGCGGCGGCGCAGGCAUGUUUGCCAAACCGCAGGAGUACUGUAAGGUCCUAGCUGUCUUGCUAAACGACGGAACGUGCCCUAGGACGGGCAGCAAGUUGCUUCGCAAGGAAACUGUGGACGAAAUGUUCUCCAACCAAAUCUGCCAGUUCCCUAACUACAGCCGCCAGGGCAUCCCAGCCGCAAAACCGGACCUGACGAACCCUAUUCCUGAGCUGUACCCAGUUUCCGGGAACCCGCCGCAGGGCUGGGGUAUCACGUUCAUGAUGAGCAACGGCGGCGCGACAGGGCGGUCGAAUGGCACUGUGCACUGGGCUGGGCUGCCGAAUUGCUGGUGGUGGGCGGACAGGGAGAAGGGCGUUGCCGGUAUUGUUUGUACGCAGAUUCUGCCAUUUGCAGACUCCAAAGUGCUUGGUCUAUGGGGAACAGUCGAGGCCGAGAUAUACAAAGCGAUUGAUCAGUGA